ACGUUAUUCAAACAAAGAGUGAAAUCCAUUCAAAGCAGGUUCUUGCAAUAGCAACUGUGAACUGAGGUGCGUCGUGCGGUUGUAAUUGUUUAUGCCAUGGCGUUCUCAAUAUUAAAAUAUUUUACUGUAAUUUCGUGUAUAUCAUUAUCUGUUUAUGGUCAGAGGACACCAACUAUAUCCCACAUAACCCAAGAACAGAUCAAAGAUAUCGGAAGUCAAGUGGACCUGGAUUGUUCGGUGCACUAUGCUCAAGAGUACCCCGUGCUGUGGUUAAAAUACGACCAGCUGAAGAGUACGCAGUCACUGCCACUGUCCAUGAAUUCAGGCCUCAUAAUCCGCGACUCGAGAUUUUCUCUCCGUUUCGACGAAGCGUCCACAACCUACACACUAUCGAUCAAGGACAUUCAAGAGACGGAUGCUGGCUGGUACCAGUGCCAAGUGCUGAUAAACGCCAACAGUAAGAUAACCGGUGAAGUUGAACUUCAAGUGAGGCGGCCACCCAUCAUAUCUGACAACUCCACAAGAUCCAUAGUGGCCAGCGAGGGGGAGAGUGCUAAAAUGGAAUGCUACGCCGGUGGUUUUCCCGUACCAAAAAUAUCAUGGCGUCGAGAAAAUAAUGCCAUACUGCCGACUGGGGGCUCCAUAUAUCGUGGAAACAUCCUGAACAUAGCAUCAGUACACAAGGAAGAUCGCGGCACGUAUUACUGCGUAGCCGAAAACGGUGUGGGGAAAGGUGCGAGGAGAAACAUCAAUUUGGAAGUCGAAUUCUCACCGGUUGUGACAGUACCGAAACCCAGACUGGGACAGGCCCUUCAAUACGACAUGGACCUGGAAUGUCACGUGGAAGCCUACCCACCUCCAGCUAUAACCUGGCUUAAGGACGAGUACGCCUUAUCAAACAAUCAGCAUUACAGAAUCUCUCACUUCGCUACCGCUGACGAGUUCACCGACACCACGUUACGAGUUAUAACUAUCGAGAAACGGCAAUACGGACAGUUUAAAUGUAGGGCGCAAAACAAAUUGGGCAGCGACGAAGGGGUCGUCGAGCUAUUCGAGUCCGUUAUACCUGUCUGUCCGCCCGCAUGCGGCCAGGCGAGAUACGGCGCGGCGAGUGUCGGGAAAGCGAGUGAACUCAUCACAGUCAUAGGACUUUAUGUACUUUGGAGAAGAAUCCCCGGUGGCAGAUAUUAAUUUCCCUGGAUUAAGGCGUGACCCGCUAUUCAACGGCGCGGCGUGGUGGGCGAAGAUCGAUUUAAUUAUGCUAACCAUCAACAUUGUACUAGCAUUCAUUUUACUACAAUAAGUCAAAGUGAGUCUCAUGAGCGUUUUAUGUUUAUGUAUGUAUGUUUUAUACGCACUGCGACCUCAGGAACUAGACAUUUUAAAGAUAACGACUGCCCGUAAACAAGGGAAUGAAGAUUUCCAUGACAUAGUCAGCAUCGAUUUACUGAAUCUCAAAUAUGUGUAAUUUAUGACGAAUUUUUCUAACAAUAGAUAAAAAAAAAUUUUGGUAAUUUUUAUAUACAAUAAGAAAUGAUUAUUGAAAAGGGAUUUAAAUGCAUUAUUUAUUAAUGAAAUUUAUAGAAUAUAUCGGACAAUAACAGAUGCAAAAAUUUAUAUAUUUUUUUUGUCUAAAUAUUUGUGUUCUCUCUUACUUUCAUUGUUUUAUGUAAUUCCUCUGAUCUGAAAUAUUUCUUUUGUGAACUCUACAGUUUCGUAAACAUAAAUUUUCUAUGUAAUUUAUAUACAAUUGAAUAUUUUAGGAUAAGAAAAAUAUAUAGUACUUGAGACUGAGUUAGCUCUGUGAGAAUCUAGACUAAGAUGAAAUGAUUUGAUAGAUUUUGUGAGAUAUUCCAAUUUUGUGUGUUUUUUUAAUGUAUUUAAGGUCAUUUUUGAGAAUUAUUGUAAUAGUUAUUAAUAUUGAAUACAAAUUAACUAUACAAUUAUCAAUUAGGGACAUUUUCGAGCUGUUAGUGGGAAUGGGAUCGUCUUUGUGAAAUUAAUUGUAUUUCUAUUCCAGUGCCAGAUAUUUUUCUUUAUUAAAGCUAAUAUAAGGAAUCUGUAAUAUUAAUAGUGUGUUUUUUUUUGUACUUAAUGUUUUUCUGAACUCGACCUGUAGUUGGACGCACCAAGUAUUUGAAGUUUCGUUGUAGCUAUUAUUUUUGUUGCAAUAAAGUUUACUAGUAA